AUGUCCGCCUGGUUAUCAUCGGUCGGUGGGGAGCGCCCGCCUCUCUCGUUUGAGGAAGGCCAAGGCCGAUCCCCGAUCCCCAGUUACGGGGCACAAUUCGUGCCGGGGUCUCCGCCCCCUGUCAAGGAUUUGAAACCCUCUUUGCACAAUAUUUCAGACAACCGUGGCCACUUCUGGUAUGGCACUGCGAGGCGUGAAGAAUCAGGGGGAUCAACGGCAGGCUUGCUGUUGCUCGGCUUGAAUACGAAUAUAGUGGAUAUCUAG